AUGGCGGCCGUGGAAGCUUCACAGACAUCUUGGCCUUUCAAGUCCAUUUUUAUUACAGGCUGCAACCGAGGGAUCGGUUUAGAACUAGUUAAGCAAAUCCUUAACCUAAGCGCUCCUCCGAACAAUAUCUUUGCGACUUGUCGAUCUCUGGAAAAAGCUUCUGAAUUAAAAAAGCUAGAAGCAGCACAUACGAAUCUUCAUCUGAUCGAAUUUGAUGUGACUAAUUUCCAAGCCAUUGGCCAUGUAGUAUCACAAGUAGAAAAGAAGCUUGAAGGCCAUGGUUUGAAUCUUCUAAUUAAUAAUGCUGGUGUCAUGGACAGAGCAAAUUUAGAUGCAGUCACAGCGCGAAGCAUGAUCGACGUUUACAACACAAAUGUGGUUGCUCCUCUGAUGUUGACAAAGGGUCUGCUUCCUCUACUUCGCCGCGCGGCUUCUCAAAGUAGCCAUCAAAAUUCUACAAAGACAUUUGUUGCGAAUAUGUCUUCAGGGGCUGGUUCCAUAACAAACAACACCUGGAGUAGUUUGUAUCCGUACAGACCAAGCAAAGCAGCACUCAACAUGGUCACUAAGUCUCUGAGCAUUGACCUUGAAAAGGAUGGAAUCAUGGCCGUUUCCCUGCAUCCAGGCUGGGUGCAGACAGACAUGGGUGGACCAAAUGCUACAUUAACUGUGGAGCAAUCAGUUCAAGGUCUGUUGUCGGUGAUUGCAUCAUUGGAUGAGACCAAAAAGGGUGGAUUCCUUGAUUUCAGGGGACAGCUCUUACCUUGGUAGAACUUAUAUAUUUUGCUUGAGAUGUGCUGUUGUUAGUAAUAAAGGAAAAGACCUUUUUUGAUUCUCUAAUGCAUAUGUCAUGCAUGCUACAGUGGAACCUCAACUUUACAAAAGGCCAAGGGACUUGCAAAAUUUGUUCGCUAUGACGAGAUUUCCUUAUAUCAACGUUCUUUUUCUUAUAUUACUUUACUAUUUAUACUGGGGUAAAGAAAAUGGUUUGUUAUAUCAAGGUUCGUUACAUGGAGGUUCCACUGUGGUGUUAUUAUAAGCUUCUCUAAACCAUUUCAUGCAGCCGUGGUUAUCCUAAUCUUCUUGGGCUACGUGAAAAUUUCGCCUUUUUUUUGUGUACAUUGUCACGUGUACUAGUACCAUCGGAAAGCAUGAGUAGACUCCAGUGCUCUUGAUACUUUCAUGCAGCAAAAGUAAGCAGUUGGACUGUGACAAUCAGUGCUCAAUCACAGUUCUUAAACUGGACUCACUUGAAUGAUUUGAAAUGCAACGGUACAGUCCAAGUGUAAAAAAAUAAUUUUUGGAAAGGAGAACAAUGCUACUAAUUACCCUGCUUAAUUUACAAUAUUGCACAGUGUGAAAACUUGACCUUACUUGGUGUCACCUUCCAGUCUAACUGUCUAUUUGUUAAGCAUGUUGUUAAAACUAAACUAAAUGAAGCGAACAAAAGUCUUUACAUAAUAAGAGAACUUAAGAAAGUGGGAUAGCCAAGAUGAAAUCAAUCAUCUUUUUAAGCCAUCGUUCUUCCUAAAAUAGUGUCUGGUCUCCCUGUUGAUAGCGUAUGUUCCUCAAUACUUUACAAUAUCCACGAGCUCUUUGAAAAAUGUGAUAGGAAAAUCUUAAAGAAAAUUAGUAGCAACAGUUGUCAACUCUGUACCCUAUGUUACCCCAAGACAAAGCAUUCUCCCUUAGCUUAAGACGAGGUAAUAGUCAGUUACCUAAGAUAAAACACUGAACAUUUUAAUAGUAGUUUUUUUUUAAUAGCCUUAGUUUCAGAUACAAUUAUUCUUACCGUAAGGCCUUUAUUAAUCUCCACAGUUGAAGUUUAAUAUAUCAUUAAUUUUGAUAUGUUUAUUGUAUCUGAUGAAUAAAGGCAUUAUUACUAUUAUCAUUAUUAUUAUUAUCAUUAUUAACAACAAAGAGACAAACUUUUAGACUUCAUACAAACCCUUCCAAACAAAACUUAUAUGAAGUUAUUUAUAAAAUUAGAAAUGACACCCACAAGGAGAUUUUCAAUCUUAACUUUUACAUAUGAAUGAUCUAAAUAGGUAUACAAAAAUAAUUUUACAUAUCUUUGAUUGUUUGUCAUAAUUUCCUAAGCAGAGCUAUGGAGGCCCAAAGCUAACCAAACAUUCUAUGCAUUUACAGUAAUUUUGUUAGCCAACAUAGAUGCUGAAGACUUUUAGACUUGACUAAAACGUUACAUUUAUUAAAACUUUACUAGUGGCUUCAUGAAGGCCUUCGCUUGUAGAAGAUGUUGAGUACCUGGACUAGGUAGCUUCAAAACUGCUCAAGCAUGGAUCAUGGUGACCCUGUGAACUCUCUUCGGGAUCUCGCCAGUGAAUGCGAGGAGUUUCUUUCAACUACCACUGCAAAUAUAUUGCCAUCAGUCUGACCAUGAGGGCCACUUUUAAAGCCAUGAUCAGAUGAUGGGAAAGCCAUAAAUCAGCCCAUGGACCACACAGGAGAUGCAACACACAUUUUGUGUAAGGGAAGCUGUUUGUUAUUGAAAUCCUUUCAUUUUCGUAGGUUACAGAAACAUUAGGUUUUUUCCCCAUACAAAUCCUUAUAUUUCGAAUGUUACGCAACAAUGCCAAUGUUCGAGCCUGGGCUACCUGUGGCAUAACAUCAAGGAUUAACAUGGCCGCCCUUGGAGCGUCCCUGUCCUCCUGGCCAUUCAAGUCCAUUUUUAUCACGGGCUGCAAUCGAGGGAUCGGAUUGGAACUCGUCAAGCAAAUCCUAAACCUCAGCACUCCUCCAAGAAAUAUUUUUGCAACUUGCCGCUCUCUAGAAAAAGCCUCUGAAUUGAAAAAUCUUGCAGCGUCGAAUUCGAAUCUUCAGUUGAUUGAAUUUGAUGUAACUGAUUUCCAAGCCAUUGGCCAUGUAGUAUCAGAGGUAGAGAAGAACCUUGAAGGCCAGGGAUUGAAUCUUGUUAUUAACAAUGCUGGAGUCAUGGAUAGUGCAAAGUUAAAUGAUGUCACAGCGCAAGACAUGAUCGACGUUUUCAACACAAACGUGGUCGCUCCUCUGAUGUUGACAAAGGGUUUGCUUCCUCUUCUUCGCCGUGCGGCUUCUCAAAGCAACGAUCAGGGUUCCACCAAGGCCUUAGUUGCAAAUAUGUCGUCCUCAUUGGGUUCCAUAGCAAACACCAAAGGAGGAUUGUAUCCAUACAGAACAAGCAAAGCAGCACUUAACAUGGUCACUAAGUCACUGAGCAUUGACUUUGAAAAGGAUGGAAUCAUGACAGUUUCGUUACAUCCAGGCUGGGUGCAGACAGAUAUGGGCGGGUCAAACGCAGCGGUAACUACCGAGCAGUCAGUUCAAGGUCUGCUGUCAGUGAUUGCAUCUUUAGAUGAGUCCAAAAAUGGUGGAUUCUUAAGCUUCAGUGGAGAGAUCUUACCUUGGUAG